AUGGUCCCUCAUGACUUAAAGGUUAAGAACCACUGUUUUAUUGCAUGGAGAUAUUUUGUAGAUUUCACAAACGGCAAAUAUUGUGCUGGAGUGUGCGCAUACGUCUCCGUCGCCGUCAAGAGCUUCGAUAUACACAGAGAGAACAUCGGAUACGCCACAUCACUCGCCGUCAACAAGGGAUUCGCCAUUUACAAGUCCAGAAAGUGCGCAGUAACGAACGCCCUGCGGGAGACGCUGCUCAGCUUCGGCGGCAGCGUCGCGACUGAGCUGGCCGAGCUGCUCGAGUCCCACAAGGCGGUCACGCCCCCGCCCGCGCCUCACCCCGCCCCCGCGGCCGACGAGAACAACCAGAACGCGCCCAACAAGAUGGCCGACGCCGCGCCCAAGAACUCGCCGCUCAACCGCGGCCCGCGCAAGGAAGACUGCCCCGCCAACAACCGCGCUCUCCAACCGCAGAUCAAGAAUGCGCCCGUCGCCACCGCGCACCCCAUGCCCGCCCCCGCGCUCGCCCCGCGCCCGCCCCGCCCCCCCGUGCCCCCCGCCCCUCUGCGACCCAACUCCAACGUAAGUUUCGUGCUCCAACCCGUCAUGCCGCCGCUGUAUCCAGCUCGCCUGCCGCCGCCCGCGCCCCCAGUCUACCCGAACUACUUCGAGUACACCGGCCCGUGGCACUUCGCCUACGAGACCUACGACCGCCCCCACGGCAACGUCAACCUCAACUUCAACGCGCCUCCCAAGAACCUCGUCGUCAACGGGCGCGGCUCCGUCGAGUGCAAGAACGCCUGCCGCCAGGAAGGCGAGCCGGUUCAGUUCGCGCCGCAGCAGGGCGCCGGCUGCUGGAUCAAGCCGACCAUCUUCUACGACGGCUUCUGGACGGAGCAGAAGGUCAAGAAGUGGGUCGCCGAGCAGGUGGAGAAGCAGUUCCCGGAGGAGGCGUCGCACAAGUCGGCCUCGCCCGACGCGCCCAAGUCCUGAGGUCGGACGUUUAAACUGUUCUUUUCCCCGAUUUGAUUGAUCGAAUGGCGUCGGAUGAUAAAAUCGUGAUCAGAUUUUUUUUGACAAUCUCACACAGCGCCAUCUAGCCCCAAAGUAACCAAUUAAUAUGCUUGUGUUAUGGGUGCUGGCUUUUACUUUUCGCUCUCUAGGUUUGGUAAUUUUGGUAUCGCUCCGUUCGUGUCAUUCCGGUUUUGAAACCGCAACUGUUUAGGCUUAUGGUUUUCGCAUUUGUCCCACUCGUUUUUUAUUAAUUUUUUUCUGUACCACCGAACCUUGAGAAAGGUGAUGGGAUAGUGUUAGAGGCAUGAUUUGCCAAUUUGGUUCUAUUUUGAAAGUGGACUGAUCACAGUCGACUUUCGUCUGCUCGCGUACGAUUGCGUAGCAGCAGUAUUACAAUUUUAGGAGUGUGGACGCCACCAGUCAAUUUGGCUUGUGUCCCAUGUCAGAGUAUUAUAUCGUUUGCAAGUCGAAAUACUGAAAGAUAAUCGAAUUUAAAGUUAAACAUGGUGUCCACAAACCUAUUAUUGUGAUUUAUUUUUAACCGACUUCGAAGACGGAGGAGGUUGUUUCUUGUAGGCUCUACGUUAGCGGAGCCGUCGCGCAGUGCUAUCGCGUGCCCGGUCCUUGACGCGUAGGGUAUUUGACUUUUAAAUUAUAAGUAAAAUAAAAUAGAAGGUUGUAGUAUCAAAAUUUGCUCAAUGUUAUCCCAAAACUUAAUAAAUAUAGAAUACGAGUGAUUAUUCUUACAUGAAGUCAAAUACCCUAAAAGCAAUUUAUGAUAAAAAGAACUAUAAAAAUUGACAUAGACGAGACA